GAGAGCAGCCCUUGCUUCCUUCUGGAUUGCUGGUAGGGAUGUAGCCUCCGGUUGUUUUCAUGUGUGAGAUAAAAACUUUACCUUCAACUGAGGUGUAACUGGUGUGUACCUGUGUCCAGAGGUGCGGUGUGGGCACCUGGCACCUUUGGACGUAACAUGGGGGCCAGGUCCCUCAUUCACGUUUCUCUCAAGGUGCUGAGCAUGGAGAAGGGGCAGGACCCAUGGCUGUGCUGGUGUUAUGAAGAGCCAGAGGCUUGGCUGGGAUGAUCUGCAUGAAACCAGUAACUCUGUGUCAGCCACAGAUGGGCUCUCUGCAACUUCAUUUAUAGAAUACCCAAAGCACAAGCCAUUUAUUAAUUCAGAUCUGGUGCGCUCUCCACGGAAACCAGUAAUUCCAUAUCCUGAAAGCAACAGCAGAGCAAUAUUUUCUGCCCUGAAGAAUCUCCAGGAAAAAAUCCAUCGCCUGGAGCUGGAACGGCUUCAGGCAGAGGAGAAUGUGAAGCACCUCAGCAGGGAAACAGCAGACUACAAAAAAGUCCUGAGUGAACAGAUGCAACACAAAGAGCACGACAGGACUGAAGUGACAAAGAAAAAUCAAGAACUGGCUUCUCAGCUGGCAGCUGCUGAGUCUCGGUGCAGCCUUCUAGAGAAACAGCUAGUCUACAUGAGGAAGAUGAUCCAGCAUGCAGAAAAUGAGAAGUCUCAUCUUUUGGAGAAGCAGGGUUCAUUGGAGAGAGAUCGGCUUCUUGAUCAAUCACAUGUUCAGUCUAAAUUGGAAAAGCUGGAUAUGCUGGAAAAAGAGUACAGCAGGCUUACUAAGAUGCAGUCCAUAGCAGAGAAAAAAAUGAAAGAGCUGGAACAGAAGCUUCAGGAGGAAGAACACGCGAGGAAGCUUGUUCAGGAAAAAGCAGCUGAGCUUCAGACAGGCCUGGAAACCAACAGGCGACUGAUUCAAGCAGCAUCACCAUUACUUUCUCCAAAAGCAAGAAAGCCCACGAAGAAAACAAAGCAGCCAGAGAAGAAGUGCUCUCCUGCAAGCCACCUCACUGCACAGCCCCAUUACAGACUGCGUCUGGGUGAUGUGCCCUUUGUAGCUGGGAAGUCUACCAGUCCCAGUCAUUCAGUUGGUGCCAACGUGCAGCAUGUCCUACACCUGAUGAAACAGCACACAAAAGCUUUGUGUAACAGUCGGGUGGUAAAUGAUGCUCCACUAGCAAAACCCGUCGGUACUGGUCAUCCUGCCAGCAAAAGCAGAAAGUCAUCUCUGCUGAAGGACUCCUCUUCAUCCCAGGAAGAGCUCUCAGAAGUGUUGCUGACUUUACAAGAUGAAUUUGGACAGAUGAGUUUUGAUCACCAGCAGCUGUCAAAGCUUGUCCAGGAAGCCCCAACCACUGCAAUGAGGGAAGAACUGGAGAGGGAACUUGAGGCACUGGUGGGAAAGAUGGAAGCAAAGGCAGACCAAAUCAGCAAAGUCCGGAGGCACCGAUUACAGCUUGAGAGACUUAAGAGGGAAUGCAAGUCCAGAAAGACUUCUGCUAAACAAGGAAAAGACAGGUUCCCUGUUAGUGAGGUUAAAGUAACAACUACAGUAACCACGAAAGGCAAGAAUGCUGGUCCCAUCAAAGUGAAACCUGGAGAGAAGAGUCGGAAGAACCUUCAGUUGCUGAGAGACAUGCAGACCAUACAGACUUCACUACAGAAAGAUGAUAUCAGCUGGGACUACUGACUAUUGUGCAGGAGAGGUUCUUGAACCUUCUCUGUCAAACCGUCUCACAUUCUGGAUAUAAAGCAGCUGCCUUUCUUGCUGUGUGAAAGAGACUACUAUAUGCUAAGUGCACUUUUGAAACCCUUAACUCUCCAUCCCUGGGUUUGAUGUAUGUAUCAUGGUCUAGCUUCAAUCACAGUCCAUUUCUAAGGUACCAAGCCACUGAAUCUAACCGUAGGUCUGCACUAGUUCCCUUCAUGCUGUGGUUCCAGCAGUCCCUACCCUUUCAGCACACCAAGCACUGCACAUUUAUGUGGGUUAGUGUGUGAGAAAUGCCAGUGUGACUUCAUGCUAUGAUCCAGCUGUGCAGUGAGAGGCUUCUCAAGAUGCAUCUUGUUGGGGAAUGGUGCUGUGACCUUGAGCCCGAAGGGCUUUUGCCAACUCUGUUCUGCAGGCACCUCAACCUCUGAGUUACUGAAACUUCUGAGUGUAAGGGAGAACAGGCAAACCCUUCUGAAGGUGUUCUGUGGAGCUCUAUUCUAAAAGCUUUCCUAGUUCAUGUUCUGCUGUGUUGCAUUAGCAUUAAUGGCAGUGGAUGUCUGAGUACUCAGAAGAGGAGCAGAGUAACUUUUAUUUUACUUAAUGAUUGAGUUCUUUUCAAGUCUGAAGAGGGAAUUUUUCUACAUGAAUGCUUCUUUAAAGCUGUAGGAUAGGGGAUAAUAUUCUGUCUCCUUAUUCACAGCUUUGGGUGGUAAAGGAGCAAGAUAAACCACCAUGGAGGUGUUUUAAACUGCAAGUGCCUCAAUCAUGCCAUUCAGUCCUGGCACCUUGCUUUUAACCUGAACUAUGUGCUUUGAGCUAUCUGCUCUGGUAGUGGUGCAAGUAGUUUUGCACUGACUUGCACAGCUGAGUGAAUGUUAUUUAUUAUGUUAAUAAUUUAAAGAAUUUCCUAUUAACGGAAUGUAACAAGACCCAGGUUACCCAUUUAUACAUUUGACAGAUAAUAAAGCCAGCCUGCCUGUUGAA